GGGGACGUUGGGGGGCUGAAGACCCUACAGAAACGCUGGACCACCUUCCUGAAGGCCCAGCUGGUGUGUGAGAACCCAUUGACUGGCGCCCGCUACAACAUCCUGAGGGACAUGUUCACCCUGCAGAGGGACCCGGGGAGCAGGAGCAGCACACGCUUCUAUGGGCUCUUCACCUCACAGUGGGAGCGUGACGAGGUGUCAGCAGUGUGUGCCUACAACCUGCAGGAUGUGAGCCAAGCACUCGCAGGCUUCUACAAAGAGGUGAAGAGGGACUGCAACAAACCAGUGUACCCAGAGCCAGCUCUCUACCCCAGGCCAGGAGCGUGCCUCACAUCCUCUCUCAAGGCGGAGGGAUUCCCGAACUCGCUGAGCCUGCCAGACAAGGUACUGACCUUUGUCAGAGACCACCCUCUGAUGGAGCAGCCUGUGCAAGCACGCCCCCUGCUGGAGAUGAAGGGAACCAAGUACAUCAAGAUUGCUGUGAGCCUGGCCCCUCUACGCCUCACCUCCUCGGAAUUCAACAGCACACCCAUCCUAUAUCUGGGAACAGACCAGGGCGAGCUGCACAGGGCAGUGGAGGUGGGAGAGCGGGUGAUGCUCAUUGAGGAGACUGUGCUGUUCCCUUCGGAGGAGCCCAUUCACAACAUCCAGCUGGACCAGGUUAGAGGAGGCCUUGUUUUAUUAUUGCUUUAAAUAAUUCUUAUCAUAGGAAAACAGUUUUGAAAUAACAAGAAACUUGUUCUUAAGCUUACUCUAGUUUUUGAUGUAUAAA